CUUGUGCUCGGACAUGCGAUGUUGUAAAAGCUCUCUCCGACAACGUCGAUCGAAAUAGAUUGUACCCAUUUUUUUAUUUUCAAUCGGGUUUAAUGUUCAAAAUAUAUACCGAUGUAUUAUUAGCUGAGAAUUAAGGAGUUGUUGAGAAUACACGAUAUUCGUUGUUGAAAAAAACAAGUGUCUAAUGUUAAUGUGAAACAACUCUCCGUGGUGGAAUCACGUCGAGGCUGGGCCUCCGGAUUUGAUGUUGAAAAUUGGCGAGGCCUACAGCCAAGAUCCGAAUACCGAUAAGGUUGAUCUCAGCGCGGGUGUCUAUCGGGACGAAUUGGGGCAACCAUGGGUGUUGCCGUGCGUUCGUCAGGCGGAGAAAAAAAUCGCCGAAAAAAAACUCCACAAGGAAUACCUUCCCAUUGACGGUUCCGCGGACUUCUGUUUAAACAGCGUCAAGCUGGUGUUGGGAGAUGAUUCCGAGCUGAUAAAGCAGGGGCGAAUUGCGGCGGUACAAGGAGUUGCCGGUAUCGGAGCACUUCGCGUAUGGUUGGAAUUUUUUUCAAAAUUUCACAGAGGCCCGAAUGAGGUCUGGAUCAGCGAUCCAAGCUACGCUGCUCAUGCGCCGAUAUUGGAGCAUCUUGGACCGGUGAAAAUGUACCGGUAUUACAAUUACGAAAAGAAAUGCUUCGACUACGAGGGAGUUCUUCAAGACAUAUCGAAUAUGCCCGAAGGGUCGAUUAUCCUGCUUCAUCCGUCCGCGCACAACCCCAGCGGUGUGGAUCCGAGCCCGGAACAAUGGGCGGGAAUUUCAAGGGCGAUAAAAAAGGGGCGAUUAUUUCCACUGAUCGAUAUGGCGUACCAGGGCUUGGCAAGUGGCGACCUGGACGAGGACGCUACUUCCGUCAGGAUUUUCGCUCGCGAUGGCCACCAAUUUGCACUCGUGCAGACCUAUUCCAAGAACCUGGGACUUUACGGGGAACGCGUCGGUUCCUUGAGCUUUGUCACUGCCAGUGCGGAUGAAGCUGCCAGAGUGAGAUCCCAGCUGAAGAUCAUCAUUCGUACGAUGUACUCCUGUCCCCCUGUAAACGGUGUACGGAUUGCGAACGAGAUCUUCACCGAUCCAGAUCUAAAAAGGCAGUGGAUCAAGGACCUGAAGACCAUGACAGACAGGAUAAACUCCAUUCGAAAGGCGCUCAAGAAUGAGUUGGAUAAAACCGGCACGAAACUUAACUGGGAUCACGUUACCAAUCAGAUUGGAAUGUUUUGUUUCACGGGAAUGACUCCGGAACAGGUCAAAAGAAUGAGGGAGAAGUACAGUGUUUACGCAUCGACAGACGGCCGGAUAUGUAUGGCCGGUGUUAAUUCCAGAAAUGUCGAACUCGUUGCCAGAGCAUUGCACGAUGCUACAAAGUGAGGUCAUUACGGCUGCUGCAGCUUGUAGAAGAAUUUUAACAAAGAUUUUGGGAUUCACUGAUAUUAUUAUCUCCAUGGAUAUGUACGGGCGUAUUAUACUGUGUCGCGACAAUAAUUGGAAGGCGAAUGAAUAGAAAAAAAAAUUUGUGUGCAAAACACCAUUGCAAUAUAAAAAUGUUUAAUUUUCCACUCGCACAAAUGUCGCACUCGAUUACAUGCAAUUUGCAGAUUAUUUCGCACGGAAUAGAUUCAUCUACGUCGGAUACAGUCUGAAAGAAAUUUCUGAUUCCGACGAUCUCAGGAUUCCGUCGACACUCCACCCCAAAGCAGACUCCGACCUCCAUUAGGGGCUGAACAAAUAGCUUUUUUACGGUCCCGAAGUGUUUUGCCACCGAACAGGAGAAACCUCGAGAUAAAAUCUUGGCUUCUGGGGUGAAGGAGCCCUUUGUCUUUUCCCGAUUCGUUUUCCUUCCAUUGUGUACAUAUAUAUAUAUAUAUAUUAAUUUUUUCUGUUAUUUGUCAAGAAAGUUGCGUUAAGGGAAGAAACAGAAUAGAAUUGCCGUAUCAUUUCGCUACCGGCGUUACAAACGGCGCGCCUUUUCAAACACGCUGCAUUCACGAUCGAAAUUUUUUAGUCCUGUGGUAUUCGAAUCAAUUGACAAGUGUGCAGGUAGCUGAGUAAUUGUUUUCAAAGAAUCAUGUCACACCCUUACGCGACGCGAGCUGGUGGCGGGUACAACGGGAGAGGCGUCAAAUGCUUUAUCGGUCAUUAAAUUAAUUAGAUUACCCACACUGCAGCCGGCGAUGAUAAAUUAAAAAGCUGACGUUUAUGGCCUCCUUUGUAUCUUCGACGAAAAGACGGCCUCCUGGCCCGCUACUCAGGUACGGCAAUGUAUACCUACAUCGCCCCCCCCCUCCCCCCCCCCUCCCCCUCUCCCUAUCCAUCGGCAGGUAUAGUAAUCCUAAAAUAGUGUAAAAUACUGUUCUUAGCUCUUUAGACACGCUGCAUUUUUUAUCCUAUUUUCUCUAAGGUAUUCUUGUUACUCAAAGGACGUAACCUCGAUAAUUAAACCGAUUUUCUUUCUCACGUAUCCGACCACUUGACGCAGCUUAAGGUAAAUUACCUUCGCAGUAUGUAUCGCUUAACUUUAUAACCACGUCUACUCAAUAUGCUACACCUGUUUAAUAAAUCGCUUAACACGUCA